CGGGGAGGGCGGGUCCGGGGGGGCGGGCCGGGCCGCAGGGUGAGCUGCCCUCUGGGCGGCCCGGCCCACUUGCCAGGCGCGUCGGGUCCGCAGGAGCCGCAGGCCCAGUUCCACCGCGGGCCGGCCCGGGAACAGCCCGACCCGGAGCAUGUGGAAGCUGGGCCGGAGCCGGGUGCUUCUGGACGAGACCCCGGAGGAAGACGACGGCCUGUCGGGGGGGCCGCCGCCCGCCGCCGCGGCGCAGGUCCAGGGAACCAGUUUCCGAGGCUGGAAAGAAGUGACUUCUCUGUUUAACAAAGAUGAUGAACAACAUCUGCUUGAGAGAUGUAAAUCUCCCAAGUCGAAAGGAACUAACUUACGACUAAGAGAAGAGUUAAAGACGGAGAAGAAAUCCGGGUUUUGGGACAAUCUGGUUUUGAAACAGAACGUACAAUCUAAGAAACCAGAUGAGAUUGAAGGGUGGGAGCCUCCAAAACUGGAUGUUGAGGAUGUAGCAGCUGAAUCUAGUGACAGUGUGAGUGACCCUUCCUCUCGGCCAGGCUGGGAAGACAAUGGUAAGGCCUCCACCAAGUACACCAGCCUGGCUGGCUCCGGAAACAGCUCCCGGUGGGGCCUGCGGUCAGCCGGGAAGCUGGUCAGCAUCCGACGGCCCAGCAGAGGCCACUUGACCGAGAACUGGGAGGGGCUGGACUGAGCAUCUCCACCAAUGCACCUGUCACCGCAUUAAGGUUCUUAACAUUUGCUGUUGUUAGUAUGUCACAGUAUUCUGUCUUUACAGAGUAGAGGAUUUACUCUGUGCCUGUUUUUCCUACUUGGACUCUUCAUCCUCAUCUGCUGAAUUAGAACAUUCCCAAGCAAACUGUGAUUCCUCAGUGGAAAUAAGCAGGGACUGUACACUUGGCUGCCUUAUUGUAGAAGUGCCCACUUGCUGCACCUGUGUUGGAGCUGGUGUGGGUGUCUGAUGUACGAUACCAGUUUACCACCGAGCUGUUCCCACGCUGUCCUCAGCUGCAGUAGUUUCCCUUCUUGCAGGGAACAUAAGCGCAGAGCCCCAGACACGGAAUGUAGUGGCUACUCUCUCCUUCCAUUGCCAGAAACUUGCAACCCAGGUGUAAGCUGAAUCAUCCAAAAGUCACAUUAAAGCGUGUUUGACCUGGAAAUUUGUUUUUUUGUUUGCUUUUUACAUUGUAAAAUAUGUAGACAAACUGAAUAGUAGUUAGAAAAGCAAAUGUCACAUCCAGUCAAACACCAGUGACUGUGGUCCUCAGCCCUUUCACUCCCCCAGUCUAGGAGCAGCCUCCGCCAUGUGUUAGAUGGUGACAGUGGUUCUUACUUUGAGGUUUUAUUUUUACCUCCAGAACUUUUAAAGAUUUAUCUUUAUUUUCUUCUAAGCAUUUGUUCUCUUGCUCUUUGAUUAAAGAAUGCUAUUAAGUAUGGAACAAUUUUAGCAACUCCUAAUUUUGUUUGGAAAAAUUUAAUAUGCUCAUUCUAGAGUUAAAACUGUAUAUAAAAUACUGGAAGUGCCUCUUUUAUAUAAUACCCAGGUUUUUUUUUUCUUUUUCAAAAUGAGAUUCUUACUGUGAGUGAUGGUAGAUCCAAAGAAGCUAUUAAUUAUGCUGAUCUGACAGCAGCUUGAGGAGCACUUUUUAUGUCUAGAUAUGUGUUUUGUUUUGUUUUGUUUUGUUUUCCCUCCAGGCAGGCUGGUUCCUCUUUCCAGGUGGUUCCCAUAUCUGUCUUAGGGAACAAAACCUCCAGCUACACUGUGCUUUCCUCAUAGGAAAAGAUUGUCCGUGAGUUGUGCAGUGUAUGUUUCUACACUGUUCCAUGGAAGUGGGUGUUCACAGUUCACGCCCAGAGCAGAACAGCAGUGGGUGAGUAUCUGCCACCCAACAGUCAUCCAGCUGUGUACCUACCAUUUACAUACCAUUGUCUUUCCUUAACAGAAAAGUUUACUUGACAAAUCCUUGCUAAAAGGGUCUAAAGCGGUGGUAUGUGUUAACCAGUUGUGUUAGAGCCUUGCAAUGGUGGAGGUUUUGUUUCAUAUCACAGAGAGUUGUGUGUGAUUUUCAGUGUGAUGACUGAUUUGGAAAAUGUUGUUUCCUCAGGUAAAAGUUUAGUCUGUAGACUGUACUCCUUUUUUUCUCUAAAGAAAUCCUCGCUGUAUCACACAAACGUGCACACUCAAGGCUUAACAGGAGCCAGUUUAGCGUGUCUUUGACUGGCUCUGUCUUGGGGUGCCAGGGAGUAAGCAUAGUGUUCAAGGGUUGGGGGCACAGGUGGGGGAUCCCCCUGGAAUGGGGGUCCUGCCUUGUGCCAGCAGUGGCUUGUGUGCCGAAAUGCUAAGUGCCUGUAACUCCCCGUCAUGUGUCUGUGAAGCAGGGUGCAAAGCAGUAUAUCAGAUUGUGUCUAAAAUCUGAAGACAAAGCCAGACUGGGAGUGGAGUAGAUGCACUGUUUUUUUUCUUUUUCUGCAAAGAUUAAUGUAAAAAUGAAAUUUUCUUGUGUUGUAGUUUAUCAAAAAUGAUAAUGACUAUUUGUUUUUAAUAUAUUUAUUUUUCUGCUUUGAGUGAAACAUACUUUUUCUUGAUAGAAUUUACCAAAGCCACUUUGUUAUGUUCACAGGUCAGUAAGAGAAUGUGGUUUUGAUUUGGGGUGGGGGGUUUGUUUGAAUUCUAUAAACACACAACUUCACUGUGUGAAGAAUGUGUUAUCUUGCUCCUUCUAAUGUUAUUUUAUUAUUUUUAAAUAGAAAAGUGAUUGAAUCCAAAGGUGGUAGACAUUCCUAAAGCUAAAUGUUUUUAAAAAUGAAAAUAUCCUUGAUGCCCUCUUUCAUUAUUCUUCCGCAUGACGGCAUCUACUUACAGGUGAAUGUUUAUGAUUCUGACACUUUCAACCUCAUUUUAAAAUGCAAACAGUCCAUGUAGACCUUUUCAUAAAUAAAUGACCAGUUUCAACCUC